UUAAUAUCCAGAGUUUACAAUCAUAAUGAAUUUAAUAAAUGUUUUGAUGUUUCGUUAAAUUUCAAUUGAAUUUGUUAAAUCUGAACGCAACAAAAACAUUUUUGAAAGUUACGCAAAAAAAAAAAACAAAGUAAAGUGGCGGGAAAUUUAGCGUCUCUCUUUUGUGCGCGUCGUGUCGUUUUUACAUGCCCUGCAUUUAUUUUGCUCAAUAAGUGCUAUUUCUUGAACAAAAUGUUUUACCCUGUAGAUUCUUUGAAACGAGGAGGCCGAUUUUAUUUGUGCUGGGUCGCAGAUUCAUGGCCAUUGCGAUUUGCAACUAUUACUCACCGGCAACUUUGGUCUCAGGAUAUUCGAAAAAUAUGUGACGAUUUACUAGAAGUUAUCACGAACGAGUCGGGUCGACCCGCCAAAAGAUUCUCCCUUCGCCUGAGUUCACAACUUCUUCGUGGUUUAGUCAGACUUUAUCAAAGAAAAGUUACAGUUUUGCUAGGUGAAAUAUGUAUGAUCAACGCCAAUGUAAUAAAGCAGACGAACAAAAGAUGGAAUAUCCAGGAGGUAGAGAUAGUAGAACAAGUGAGGCGUCCACUUCAGCAGCUUGACAUACAAGAGAUUAUUCAAGAACAACCUGAAAAUGAACAGACGAUUGAGGAAAUGAUACAGACAAGUGGCAAUGUAGUGUCACAUAUUGAUGAAAUAACUCUGAAAGAGUCAACCAUUCCUGAAAUGAUAAUGCCACCAAAUGACGGAUUCGGCGAAGAGCAUCCGGACCUAGCGCUACAAAUGCUUCAGGACCGCACUAUAGAGAUGAUGUUGGUCCAACCAGACGUGUCCACUGCACACAGCGGGUUGGACGUCGCACUCGAUAUCACGGACAAGUCUCACGACAAAUCCCGUCUCAUGGUCCACGAGCCGGCACAAAUGGAGAGGAUUUCAGAACAUGACCUUACAUUGUUCAGAAAAUCCACUGGAAUGGAAUUAAUGCCUGAGUUUGAAAAAGACAUUCCUGAAAUACCCGAAAUCCCGCCUCCCGAACUGCCUGUUCCUGAACAAGAGAAGUUAGUGUUUUUCCAUGAUAUCAGGUUUCCCCCUAAUUCAAUGUACAUAACCAAUAGUCUUGAUACUGGAAGCCGAACCCAACAUAGUUGGGAAAAAGGCUCCGAGGAUGAUGAUGUAUUCAUGUUCCCUAUAUUAUUAUCUAGGCAUCCGGAUAAGUCUGUUGCGCCCGAGGUACCCAGUCCUACAGAAGUUGAACAGCGAGUGCCAGUGAGGCAACCGCCUGCGGAAAUUGAAUUGGAGGAACUGGAAGAACUUGAGCCACAACCAAAAAGGCGUAGGCUCAGAAAUAGACUCAUCAUCGAUAAAACGAUCAAGAUCAGCACGAAUCAAUUUCGCGCUAGGAUUGAAAAUCAGUUCGUAGAAUUACGUUGCGAGGAUAGCUCAGACGACAUCAUUUUCAUACGAGUUUCUCCAGAGACGUAUUUUCGGCGUCCGUGUCACGGCGGUGAAAGGAUUCACAAUAACUUGGGAUUUACUAUAUCACGACUGUUUUCGAGGAAUCUUGGCGUUAUUUCUGCACCACCCUUAGAGGAUAGAGAAAUGGAGCAAUCUACAGAGGCUAUCAGGCGUCAGUCCCAUCGUACUUUCCAAAGAUCUAUGCUUGAGAGAAUUGAUGAAGUGCCAGAAGUGCCUAUUGUGCAAGACAGGCCAGAGAUGCAACUGGAAGUACCAGUACCAGACGUGAAUGUAACGAAUGAAAUGUUAAACGUGUCCGAACAGCCCCGCGUCAGUGCACUCGUAGAGCUGGAUAUUGAAGAUAUUCCCACUCAGAAAAUAAUGACUUUGUCGCAAGCACGCAAGCGGACAGCAGAACAAAUAAUUACUGAAACGCCGAAAAGACUGCGUUCAGUGGGUUAUCGCUCAAGUCAGCAGGCAACAGAGAUUGCACAAACAGAUAAAGAUGCCGAUAAGGAAAAUAUACCAGCAAACAUACAACUGCCGCCGCAAGACGAAGAGUUGAUACUUUCUGCUAAGUUACACCAAGCUGGUUUAGCCGAUAUACAACAGCCUUCAGUUGCCGAGGUGGAAGUCCACUCACAAACUCAACGACCCGCCACCACGUCUCGCGGCAGGCGAACUGGGAGCGAAAGUUCUGAAACUCCAUUAGGCAGUCUGGAUAGAACGAAAGUUUCCCUUGGAGAUUCUGAACAUACCACUGAUUCUAGGAGAUUUAUAAGGGAUCAGUGGGGCACCGAAGGGACUAUGCUGAAAGUCAUGAAACACAUACAAAUCGGCCUGCAGCCAGUGACUGUGGCAAGUCUUCUUGCUAAAGGACCAGUCAUUUCUGGGUACAAAGGCGUAAUAGCCGCUCGGUGCUUCACGUCUCUACUUAAAUUGAAGCAGCAUGGCUUUAUCAAUGUGAAGAAAAAUCCUGAUUCACUGGAAAUAAUAGACAUUACUCCAGGACCAAAGAUAACUGAAUAACUAGUUCUUAUAACUUUAAGUUGUAGUUAUUGAUGUUUUGUUGAUUAAUAUUAUUAUAUUACUUUUUGUAGUUGAUGUUUCGUUAAGUUUACUGAUUUGAUAAUUUCGUAGGUUCUUUAAAUAAAAGAAUGCAUUGA